AUGCCCGAGAAGCGCACUUUGGAUGCCUUUUUUGCACCUCAGGCUAAGAAACAGCGUCAAGCCGAAGCUGAGCCAGCGUCCACUUUACAGCACAGCGCGUAUCCCUUCGAGAUUGCCGACUUUCCGGCGUCUCUGGCCAACGAGCUGUUGCCUCCCAAUUUGCCGGCGAAGCCUGGCCAGACAAUAGAUGACAAGAAGGACCUUGAUCUCCUCUACUUCGAUCCCUUCGUCCCAAGACUGCAGGCCCGUCAGCUGUUUGAGUUUCUGAGGGCCGAACUACCGUUUUAUAGGGUUCAGUACAAAAUCAAGCGUGGUGGGAUAGAGACCGACAUAAAAACACCUAGAUGGACAACCGUUUUUGGCCUAGACGAAACGUCGCGAUUCAAAAAUGGCCGCGUUGUUGAUGCAAAGUCUGAGGUGCUUGUAGCAGACAGCCGCUAUCAUCGCUACCCCCCGCGACCAAUCCCGCAAUGCCUCGAGACAUUGCGCAGAUCUACCGAGGCUGCUACAGCGUGUCAGUUUAACUUUUGCCUCGUCAAUUACUACGCGUCCGGCGCGGACAGCAUAUCCUACCACAGCGAUGACGAGAGAUUUCUGGGACCAGAUCCUGCCAUCGCUUCCUUCUCCCUGGGGGCCCAGCGCGACUUUCUCAUGAAGCACAAAACGGCCCCAGAGAGUCUCAAGCUCGCCCUGGGCAGUGGAGCCAUGGUCCUGAUGCGCGGAACAACCCAGUCGCGUUGGCUGCACUCGAUACCCAAAAGGACAGGCAAGAACAGUGAGGACGGAGGAAGAAUCAACAUUACCUUUCGUCGAGCCAUGACCAAAGAUGGCACAGAAAAUUACUACAACUACAAUGUCGGCCGAGGACCAGUGUACCGAUGGGACAAGACACGGCGAGAGAUGCGACAGCGGAAUAAAAAAUGA